GGGCCGAAAGUGUCUUUCGAGCGGAUCCUCGGAGUAGUAGAAGAAGAUCUCGGCGGAAAAAAAAAAAAAAGCUUGUGGUUUGGUUUGGUUUUUUUUUUCCUCCCCUCCGGUUCGUUGGCCUGUCUUCAUUUCCUCGCCUGCAAACCCACCACCCCGUCCUUCCUUCCCCCCCCCCCCCCCCCCCCCGUUUUCCCCCCCCCCCCCUUCAAUCCAACAUGAAAGCGAUCAGCCCGGUGCGGUCGGUCAGGAGCUGCUACGAAGCCGUGUGUUGCGUGUCGGAUCAGAGCCUCGCCAUCGCCCGGGGCAGCAGUAACAAGAGUCCGGCUUUGGAGGAACCCAUGAGCAUCCUCUACGACAUGAACGAUUGCUACUCCAAGCUGCGGGAGUUGGUGCCGGGCAUUCCGCAAGGCAGUAAAGUCAGCCAGGUGGAAAUCUUGCAACACGUCAUCGAUUACAUCUUCGAUCUCCAGAUCGUGCUGGAGGAGCAGGCGAAGAAGGGGCAGGAUCCCUCGAGCGAGGCUUCUCUGCUCUCUUUAAAAGCAGCUGAACUUGCAUCGGAACUGUGCUCAAAGGAGGAACGAACCCUUUGCCACCACUAAAAAGGCUGAAACAGGCUGCAGGUGUGGGAUCCUGACACUGGGUUCUCUCCAGCGAAAGAAAAGGGGGAGGAAAAAAAAAAAGAAAGGAGGAAAAAAAAUAAAAGACCUUGACUGGAGAAAGAAUCAGCUUGUUCCGAAACUGGGCAUCUUCCCCUAAAUGGACUGGACUUCCCUUCCCUCACUGCCUUUAUCUUCCAGAUAAACUGUGGAACGAGAUCACCCCAAGGCAGAUUUCUGGACUCUGGCUUCCAAUAACAACUUAAAAAAAAAAAAAAAAACUUCUGUGUUACUUUUUAUCUUCCAUCAGCCUGAAAAGGAGAAGAAACUGCAGGCCAGAAGUUAGGGGUGCUGGAGGCGGGAGUGGGGAGAAAAGCAACUUGCCUUUUAUUGUCAAAUUACUCAUUGGAUUUUGCUGCAUUGCACAAGAAGGAACUUGGUAUCCUAAAGCAGUUUUUUUGACAAAAGGUAGAAGAAGAAAGGAGGGGGGGAGGAAUCCCUCUUUGAGCCACCAGAUUUGUACUGCACAUUGUUUGGGUUGAGGAGAGCUUAAAAAGAAUAUGUGGACUUCAUACUUUCAGAGUUUGCAAUGCUUUGGUGUAAGAGAUCUAUUGAGAGAGAGCUGUUUUUUGCUCUUUUUUUCCUAAAAAAAGAAAUGAAGCAAAAAAAUAAUAAUAAUGCAGAUAACGCAGCUUGUUUGUAUAUUUUGGAUUAUAGUUUUUUAACUUCAGUUUGGGGGGGUGGGGCGGGAAGGGAUGUUAAGACUAUGAAAACUGAACUCACUGGAGGUUGGUUGAGCCUCAUGAGUUAAAUUGUUGAACUCUAUAAUAGAGAUGACAUAUGUACCUUUUUUUUUGGCAGGAAGGUGAAUUUCUGUUUCCGAGAAUUGUACUUGCUUUGUGUAAAAAAAAAAAAAAACAACCAAAAAAACUUUUUAUAAAAGUUUCUUAAUAAAUUUUAAACUUUUUUUUUAAA